UUGAAAUGCUCAUUAUUGAUUCGCUUUGCUUUAAAAACAUGACAUCUUGUGUUUCCCACUUGAGUGUGUCUAUUUUUUCUAUUAUUAUAAAUAGAAAAUAGGAUCCAUGUUCGAGGAUUUCAUUGCUACGGACCUGCAAAUAUACCGUUAUACCUGACAGAGCGUUGAACUACGAAUGGUACUAACCGGCAUGGUGAAACCACUCGCGGUAACGAUCAGAAACGAUGACAAAUGCACUUGUGUUAUUCAAGGAAGAUUAAUUACAUAAAUAAGGUAGCAGAUAAUAAUUUAUUAUUGUUCGGUGUGAAAACAAUAAAAAAACUGCAUGGUAGCUGUCGAGAAUUCAUAAAUAGUAUAGAGAAGUUACCAGUGCAGUUCGCGAAACUGGAAGACGGUGGUGUUGCACGCCUCGACUAUGUGUACCUAGCUGUUUUACUUAAUCAAUUUCAACGAAAUAAAAAAUAUCAAAUAAAUAUAUCGCCAAUCAAUUGUUAAAAUGAAGAAUGUGUAACUCGAAGCACAAUUAAUCCGAGUACCAUGGAAGAAAUAAAAAUGCAGUUGAAAAAUGGUCAUUCCGAGAGUUUGAGUAAAAGCUCGCCGAAAAAAUCGACAUUUUGGGCUUACGUAUUGUGGUGGUUCGGAGGUCUAGUUGGAAUACACCACGUAUACUUGGAACGGGACCUCCAUGCUUUUGUACAUUUCAGUACUUUUGGUGGAUACUUUGGUCUUGGAUGGCUUCGGGAUAUCUACAGGAUACCCACGUACGUGAAAGAUGCGAACGAUGAUCCCAACUUUCUGAAUGAUUUUAAACGGAAAGUUAGAACCAAUCGCAAGCCACCAUUUUCAUCAUUGCGAUUCGUUACCGAAAAUGCGGUCGCAUUUUUUUGGGCCGAAAUAUUUCGUAACGCCAUUCCAGAGGAUGAACUAUUUGGAAUUAAUUUUAGGCAUUUAUUAAUCCUAACACCUUUAGUCAUUGCUUUAGGUGUUUGGACGGUCGGAAAUAUUGGCAGGGAGCAAGGUUCCAUAUGGAUUGCUCUGUGUUCGGCAUAUUUAUUGUAUCCAACAUUAACCUUUAUCGGAGAUGACAGCACGUGGGUAUUUUUGAUGGUCGUUGUUGCUAGUUUAAGCUUCGAUACGUUCAGCAAGCAAUGGAGAUUGAAGCCAAAGAAGAAAAGAUCCCUCUUUCGAAGAAUCUUUUAUCUUGGUUUAGUUGUCGCGAUUUAUGUGUCUUUAUUAGGAUCGUACUUGUACUUCAAUGCUGUUAUUACCGACAGCGAGGGCGAAGAAAUUAAACUAUCCGAUGCUGUCCAACACUUCUUAACAUCUCCCAUAUGGCUUGAUCUUAAGGCAAGCCUCGAGGUAAUGUGGAAUCAAGCGAUGCAUCAAAGUUUCUGGGCGACAUGGGCACAACUGGUAGAUCUCACAGAUCCGCGGGGCGAAAUAAACGCUUACAAAGUUUUGGGCCUUUCUCAAACGGCCACGCAAACUGAAGUUACGGCGCGUUGGAGAGCACUGUCGAGGGAUAAUCACCCCGACAAGAUAAAAGGCAGCGAAGAAGAAAGGAGACAGGCUCAGGAGAAAUUUAUGGAAAUACAACAAGCAUACGAAAUUCUUUCAAAGACAAAGAAUCGUAGGCAACGGCGAAAUAGAAAAUCCGAUAAUUGACACAGUUGCGGACAGUGACUUCAUGAUAGGGUAUUUCAUUUGGCAAUUAAAUACGUUUUAAGUUAGUUGACGUUUUCUGUAAAAGUGACGCAUAGUUUGAUGUUCGAUAAAUUAACGAUAAGUAAAGGCUGCUACGGAGAGAAACUGUUUUCAUUGAUCUUACAAAAAUGUAUUGUAAAACAUACAUUCUACCUCGUUCUUUCUUGUUAUAGCGGUAUACAUUUUUGUCGAGCGUAUUACUGGUACUUAAAAUUUGGCACUAUGCGUCCUCGCAUUGAACACAAAUAUUAAUAUUUAUACAAAAAAUUGUUUUUAUAAACAUAAGUAUAACGAAAAUAUAUUUCCAUGGUUUGUAGUAGUUGUCGGCACGUUCUCUUCUCAUAAUACCAAUGACAUAAGCACAUACGUAUUUGCUUAUGUAUGGAUUCGGCGUCUGACUUUUAUCUAUCACGAUAAGAACGAUCGUUUCCGUCUUUAAAGGAGAAACAGUAUCUUAGAAACAAAUAACACGAAGUCUGGACGAAGACGUUUAUUUAUAAGUUUGUUUGGUGGUCUUUGUGCAAUUAAAAAAUGUCAGUUCGCUUUCCAACAAGUUGAUGUGUCGUAAAUCUAGAAAAUUUAUA